AUGAAGAUAAAGACGAAGGCAAAGAAGCGUGAUCCUCUGUACGAUACACUAGGUUCCCCAACUGGAAACGUUUCGCCACUAUCUGUCGGGGUGGUCAAACCUUCAAGCGUUAUCGUCGCUGGAAUGGACAUAACAACAUGGCCGAUAGUCGAAAUCGAUGUCCCUGCUGGACCUUUGGGUAUUCUACUCGACGGGAGCUGUACCGAGGCUGCUAUACUCGAUGAUUUCGCUCCAGUAACCCGUGAAGGUUCACCUGGAGCAAUUGAAGCAAAUGGAAGCGCACCUCAGGGUAGUGUACUCAUCGGAAUGGACAAAUUUGACUUUAUGAACCCACGGCAAACACUUGAUGAGAUCGGUGCGAUCUUGCGCGAAGCUGCUCAUCUCAAGCGUCAAUUACGCUUCAAAGUUCCACCUUCGAGCAUCCAGAAGCAGGCAAAGAACCCUCAGGAUGACGACAAGGUGAAACUCAUCACCGGUCCUACAAGUAGCGCAACAAACCUCAAUGAAAACGCAGGUGAACCGUCUAACAAUCUCUGGAGCGCAACCACGCUAACGUCCUCAAAGGCCACGCUAACGUCCUCAAAGGAGACGACGCCAAAUACUGAGCCAGUGGCUCCUUCUCCGUUGAAAAUAAGUCGACCUGCUUCGUUCGUGCAAGUCACAGGGAUGGAUAAUCGUCCUCUGGAAUCCGACAGACGCUCGUAUGCGCCAAGUACAACCGACAACGUCGUGAGUGUGUUAGUUCCUCCAGGAUCUCUCGGUCUAAAUCUCGAUGGGACUGUUGCGAAUCGCGCUGUUGUGUUGGGCUUUGUUCCGCUACCCGAUGGAUCUCGUGGUGUAUUAGAACGUAGCGGUAGUGUAUCGUCCGGUGCUGAGAUCGUGGAGAUCAAUGGCGAAGAUGUAUCGCAAGAACCCUUGGCAGGGAUUCGAGAACGUCUUGGACGAAUGAGUGACGAACCUCGACGUCUAAGCUUCCGUCUACCUCCUCCAAUCAAACUUACUGUCCAGGCACUUCCAACUACUUUGACGACACCUGCAGCUUCGUCACCUUCAGCCCCGAAAGCUCGGAGGAUGUCAGCCACCUCAAUUCAGCGAAUGAGUCUGAUUCAGGCGUCUCUACCCACUUACAGGGAAGAUCUAGAGCUCCGCCGACGCCUGGAACUGAAGCUGAUCAUGAGUCAUGAUCGCAAGGAACUCAAGUUUAAGGAGUUCUGGUUUGCGGUUCACUCCGACUGGAUGAACCGUUGGGCCCUCUAUGUCGGUAAAGGAGGCCCGGAACCAGGUCCGAUCACAAACCACGAGUUGCUGGAGCCUGGAUUUGAUGUUGGUGAAGAUCCGAAUCGAGUCGCGUUUGUGCGUUCAGGUCUUGAGAUCACGAAGGAUUUUCGCUUUGUGACCCCGAUGGUCUGGAGUUUACUGGCAGCACUACACGGUCCUGGAGAUGCUCCUCCCAUCGCAAGAUAUGCACUCGAUAUCAACUCGGAAGCACCUGAAGACGUCACCGAAGUGCUCCGUGAAGCUAAGGCUCAAGCAUCGGGUCUAGCAACUAGUGUUCGCGAAAAGUGCCAGGUGGAGGAUAAGUAA